AGUCUCCAUUGAGGUUUCUGAGUGUUUGGCUUGCCGAGGAAAAGCUUCGGAACUCUGUUCCAGCUUGUCCUCUUCUCGAUUCGAUUCCUUUGUUCUUGUCCGAUCCCUCUAACUUCUCUUCUCCUUUUUGGGAUCACCGGUGGUUCCCGCCCGCGCUGCUAGUUUCUCCCCGCGUCAAUUCAACCCUUCCGCCUCCGAUUCACUGGUUUCUUCGGUGAAAAUGGCUCCGAUCAUCUGCUAGGGUUUCCUAGAUCUCACUGUUCGCUCUCUGACGUCACUCUGUACCUCUACUUCUUCAAGCUUAUUCAAUUUGUAGUUAUGGCUAUCAGAGUUACUUUAUCCUACUCCGGCUACUUUGCCCAGGGCCUGGCUUCCGCCGGUUGUCGUGCUGGUAAUUCGCGUUACCUCCACGAAUGCUGGAUCCGAUCUCGCUUAUUCGGCCCUAGCCAGAAGCCUGAUCGUGAUCCCUCCGGAGGCGUGCGUAAUUACCGUUCCGAUUACGGGCGGCAUAAUCCGAAUUGCUGGGCUAAGAAUUCAGCCUCUUUGUAUUCUAUUAUCUCCAAAGAGUUUCUGGGAGACAGUUCUGAUAAUCCGAUCAUGUUGGGUUUGAUUUCGCUAUUGAAGUCAACGGGUUCGGUAUCAGCAUCAUCUGCGGCGACUAUGGCUGUAUCUGGUGUUUCCCCCAUUAAUGCCUCUGCGGUUAUUCCCUUUUUAAAGGGAUCGAGGAACCUUCCUAGUAACGAGUCAACUCCCAUUCCUGCAACUUUUGAGGUGGAUAAAGGAGGGACACUGUGUUAUAAGGACAGUGACGAUGCGAAUUCAGGGUACAGUUCCAAAGGUCUUGAGAAGUCAAGUUGGCUAUCGCGCUUGUUGAACGGCUGUUCAGAGGAUGCGAAGGCUGUGUUUACUGCUGUGACUGUUAGUGUGCUCUUUAAAUCAUUCUUGGCUGAACCGAGAUCGAUCCCCUCGUCUUCUAUGUACCCAACUCUGGAAGAGGGUGACCGUAUUUUAGCGGAGAAGGUUUCAUUCCUUUUCCGUAAGCCUGAUGUUUCAGAUAUAGUCAUUUUUAAAGCACCUCCAAGUUUACAGGAAAAAGGUUUUAAUUCGGCCGAUGUAUUUAUUAAGAGAAUUGUGGCAAAGGCUGGUGACUGUGUAGAGGUUCGUGAUGGAAAACUGCUGGUGAAUGGUGUUGCUCAAGAAGAAGAAUUCGUUUUAGAGCCCCUUUCUUAUGAGAUGGAUCCAGUGGUUGUGCCAGAAGGUUAUGUCUUUGUGUUGGGAGACAAUCGUAAUAAUAGCUAUGAUUCACAUGAUUGGGGUCCGCUUCCUAUAAAGAACAUCGUUGGUAGAUCCAUGCUUCGGUACUGGCCUCCUUCUAAAGUAUCUGACACCCUUUAUAAAUCACCAAGUGCAAACAAUUCUCUGGCUGUUUCUUGACACGUGCUCUGCUGCCAAGAGGUGAUGAAGAUUUUUAGAUGACAAUUAUUUGAUCCAUCGGCUGUUUGUUGACAUUCAACAAUCUUCCAAGAUGAGACCGACGGUCGUGAAUUCUGUGUUGGUCGAAUAUCUUAUUCAUUGUUGUAAUUGGUGUAAAUUUUGUACAUGACCUUAGAGCGAACACCGACGCAUUCUUUACUGACAAGUUUUGCUCCACGGUGAAGCUCGGGUCUGAAAAAUAAAAGAAAACGAAAGAAGCAAUGUGGUCGAUUUGGGUCGUAGUGGGUGUUUUAAGUCCCCCUGGAUCCGGAUCCGGAUCCGUGGAAAAGCGUUCAUGGGGAUGAAGCUGAUGCCCGUCAAAACUUUGUGGGGCUUUACAAGUCAACAAUGAGUUUGCAAGGGCUUGAUUAUGCUCAUGUGUCUUGUAAACACUUACAAAUUAAUGUUCAAUUCCUGAAUAAAUUUCUGAAUUAAUUGUUGUUC